AGUGUCUCUGAACGUCAGGAGAAAGAAAUGCGUCGAGAACACGUUCCCCGUCUGCGGAACAUGCUCCAGAUUGAAUCUGAGAUGUGUUCGAUCGACGGCUCGUGAUGUGGUUCCGACGACCUGGGCGGAGCAGAAAAAGAUCACGGCACAGGCGACGCGACCAUCAACGAGAGAUGACUCGACUCAACCACCAUCAUGUUUUCCACUGCAUGCUUCACCGCCAGGCAUCGAUCAGGCCGAACCGCCCCAGAAGCGACAAGUGAUGCGAUACUAUAUCACAGUGUUGAGUCAUUAUUUGACUGCAAGCGAGCAGGUUAACUCUUUUCUAUCAGAAUUCCUACCUAUGGCUAUGGAGUCGAGCGUGCUUUACGAUGCGCUGGUAGCCUUUGCUUCUGGUCACUUAUCGCUCUCGAAUGAGUCAUAUCGAGUCUCUGCCUUGGAGGCACACUCGACAGCAAUUACCAACCUCGCCACAGCCCUCAGCCAACCGCAGCAUGAGAUCACGUGGUACGAGACCAAAGCGGCAACAUGCUUAGCCUUUGUCAUUGGUGAGGUAUGCGUGGGAGACAACGACGGGUGGAGUGCUCACCUGAACGGCGCCAAGCUUAUCAUUGAGUCCGCCGUGGCCAACUCCAGCUCAGGCACAGUCUUGCGAGGUCCGGAAGUCUUCAAACGGAGCUCCGAGGGCCAGUGGAUUCUUCGAAACUUUGCAUAUCACGACAUGAUUGGCAGCGUGACAAUGCGGAGGAGACCGCUACUGGACUGCAGCUAUCUGGAUGGUAUCACCGAUGUUGUGGACACCUACCUAGGCGUGGCCACGGAUCUUUUGCGCCAUGUUGCUACUCUGAGUAGUGUCGACGAAGAGACCAGGCUGGACGUUGAUAUUGGAACGGAGGAAAUAGCCAGGAGAAAGGAGGUGUUCCAAGCCACCUGUGAAGAAGUCGAGCAAGAACUGGAAGAUUGGCGGUGCAGACCAGACGCCGCUCCAGAACUUGCUGCUCUGGCACAUGCAUUCAGAAGCGCAGUUUUGAUUGUCCUAUUCCGACUGAUUCGAAGUCGACUGAGUUCGGAGGAAGGGUCUACUCGAGACGAAAGCUCCGAAGCAACGACAUGGGACGUACUACCCACAAAGUUGCGGACGCAGGUGUCCAACAUUUUGAGGCACGUAUCCAAUAUUCCGGUUGGGUCACACACAGAGUCGGCAAUACUCUUUCCUCUCUUCCUUGCCGGCGGCGAGGCGACUGAAGAAGAACACAUGGAUGCUGUCCGUGUUCGGUUGCAGAUGACGUUGCAGAAACGACGAUUCCAGAACAUUUCUCGCUCUUUAAUAAUACUAGAAGAACUAUGGCAAAGGCUGCAGAGCUCUGCUUCGACGGAGAAGGUAGAUUGGACCGACAUCUUGGACGAAACUGGGGAACAUCUACUCUUGACCUAGAGCCGGGUCUCGGUGUUGAUGCACUUGUGUCUACUACUUAUAAUAGAACUGCGCAUAUUAACACUGGAUGGAUGUAUAGAGUGUGAGGUCGGCGACCAUGAUGGUCAGGAUGAUCGGCACCUUUCCUUACCCCGCCUUGGGCCGACGCAAAGCCUCCACACACGCCAGAUACGCCAUGCAGAUACGCCUUGAACCCACAUAAUACCGUAUCAGAUAGUUAACCUCCAAUCUCGGCCGGCGUUCAGACGAAGAGGACGAUAACGAUAGAAAGUGCUUGCCAGCUCGAACGCAUCUGCUUACAACGU